GCCGGUUCCGUCCCGCGUGCUGGCAGUUGAGCCCUAACGGACCAGCCCGAGCUAGGCACUCUAUUCUGCCGGACUCGCCUUUUCGGCUUUGACAGCUCCACCGUUAUCUGACUUUUUCCAAAAGUUAACCUUCACGGCAAACUUGACAGCUAACCCAGAGAGGCUCUGUUUACACAUGUAACAGCUGUAACACACCUGUUAACCAAACUCGUUUAUCCAACCCGGUUUAUUAGAAAUAUUUCCGUUAACGGUUUCAGCAGAAGUGGUAGCUCUGAGCCAUCAAGAUGACAGAGGAACUUGAGCAGAUUCUUUCGCAGCUGACACAGCCGGAUAAUGCUGUUAUUCAGCAGGCCACCAUCCAGCUGAAGCAGGCUUUCAAAGACCCAGCCAUUAUCCCAGCCCUGUGUGCUGUCAUGAGUGGCUCCCAAAACCCUCAGAUUCGCCAGUCAGCUGCAGUGAUGCUGAGGUUGAGAGUGAAGAAACACUGGAAGAAGAUUAACCCUAAUGAUAGAGAGAGCCUUAAGACGGUGGUUUUGCAGGCCUUCAUGCAGGAAACCGAGCACACAGUGCAGCACUCACUCUCCCAACUGUGCGCAGUGAUGGUUAAGCAUGAGACACCAGACCGCUGGCCUGACCUGCUGCAGCUCCUCAAUCAAGCCACCAAGAGCAGCAACCCUCACGACAGACAGAUUGGCCUCCUGCUGCUGAAUAAGGUGAUGGAGUCCAAUCCGGAGCCUUUCAAGCCUCACUACUGCCAGCUGCUACAGCUGUUCAGUGUGGUUCUGCAGGACCUUGAAAAUCCAACAGCCCUGUACUACUGCAUCCUCACCCUCACAGCCAUAACUGCAUACACUGGCACUGAGGAGAUGAACCUCAUGCGGUCUAUUAUCCCAAGCCUGAUUGUCGCUCUGAAACACCUCAUCAAGGCGGAUCAGAGCCAAGCCAGCGAAGCCAUGGAGGUGUUCAACGAGCUCAUGGAGAGUGAGGUGUCCAUCAUCGUUCCUCAUAUUGCUGACAUUGUCCGCUUGUGCUUGGAGGUUGGCAGUGACUCCACUCUGAACGACUCUCUGCGGGUGAAAGCGCUGUCUUGUAUUGCUUUCCUCAUCAAGCUGAAGAGCAAGACGGUGCUGAAGCAGAAGCUGCUGACCCCUAUCCUGCAGGCCAUUUUCCCUAUUUUGAUUGCAGCCCCCCCACCUGGUGAGCAGGACCCAGAGGACGAGGAGGAUGACAGCGGAGAUGGAAUAGACAAUGACAAUCCCAAACAUUGUUCUGCUCAGAUUAUUGACACUAUGGCCCUCCAUAUGCCCCCAGAGAAGCUGUUUCAACAACUGAUGCCCAUGACCCAGACCUGCCUUGCCAGUGAAAACCCUUACCAGAGGAAGGGGGGGCUGAUGUGUCUCGCUGUGCUAGCUGAAGGAUGUGCUGACCACAUACGCACUAAGAUGCUGUCAUCAGUGCUGCAGACGGUGUGCCAGAGUCUCUCUGACAGUAAUCAGGUGGUGCGCAGUGCCAGUCUGUUUGCCCUGGGACAGUUCUCUGAACAUUUACAGCCUGAAGUGAGCAAGUACUGUGCAGAGUUGAUGCCUUUGCUGCUGGGUUACCUUUCGUCAUUAAACCAGGCCAAGGUUGGCCAUGUAACUAAGGCCUUUUAUGCUCUUGAGAACUUCAUGGAGAACCUAGGAGAAGGUAUUGAGCCCUACCUGCCCACCCUGAUGGAAACCAUGUUGUCUGCUCUUAACAACGCUGAAAACCUCAAGAUCAAAGAGCUUGCUGUGUCUGCGAUAGGAGCCAUAGCCAAUGCUGCCAAGGAGCUACUGGUCCCCUACUUCCCCCCGGUUAUUGAAAGCCUGAAGGGCUUCCUGACUACCACCACUGAGGAAAUGAGGUCUCUGCAAACUCAGUCCUUGGAUACUCUCUCUGUGCUGGCUCGCACCAUCGGCAAAGAUGUCUUCAGUCCUCUUGCUGCAGAGUGUGUUCGUCUGGGCCUCAACCUCACAGACACUAUUGAUGACCCGGACCUGAGACGCUGCACGUACAGUCUUUACUCUGCUGUAUCCACAGUCAGCCCUGACUGCCUCACUCCUCACCUCACUGCUAUCACUACUAUCAUGCUGCUCGCCCUCAAGUCCAAUGAAGGCAUUACGGCACACGUCGAGGAGGACAAGACAUUUGUCCUGCUGGAUGAUGAUGACGACGACGAUAACGACACCGAAUUGGGAGAAAAAGACUCAGUUGAUUUUCUGGUUGAUGAGCCUGAGACAGAACUCCAUGAUGUUGCAGGGUUUAGUGUGGAAAACGCGUACAUCGAUGAGAAAGAGGAUGCCUGCGAUGCACUGGGAGAGAUUGCCUUCAGCACUGGUGCUGCCUUCCAGCCCUUCCUGGAGUCCAGCUUCCAGCAGGUUUACGAGAUGAGAGAUUUUCCCCAUGAGGACGUCCGCAGGGCAGCUUUUGGAGCAAUGGGCCAGUUUUGCAGAGCUCAGCAUCAAGUGUGGAAGGAGAAUCCCACUGAGACAAACCACCAGGCCCUACUGAAGUUGCUGGAUGUGGUGCUUCCCUGUUUCGUGGAAAAUGUGAGAACAGAGCACGAGCGACAGGUUGUGAUGGGCAUCCUGGAAACAAUGAACAACGUCAUAAAGUCCUGCAAGGAGGAGGCUUUCAAAAACCCUGCGCGCCUCAAGGACAUCAGCCAUGUGAUCCGUGAUGUGCUCAAGAAAAAGACUGUUUGUCAGGACGGUGGUGGUGAUGAAGCUGAUGAUGAAGAACACCAGGCAGAGUAUGAUGCCAUGCUCCAGGAGUUUGCCGGGGAGGGAAUUCCCCUGGUGGCUGCAUCUGUGCCGGCAGACAAAUUCUCCCCUUUCCUCAACGACCUGCUGCCUCUUCUCAUGAGCAAAACUAAAUCCUCGUGCACAGUAGCCGACCGCUCCUUCUCUGUGGGUACAAUCGGAGAAAUCCUGCAGGCCCUUGUGACCGCACCUGGGGGCCCGGGAGUAGCAGGCCGACUGUCCAAUCGCUUGCUCCCCGUGCUGGUAGCUGGGGUGAGGGACAGUGAUGCUGAGGUCCGCAACAACAGCGUGUUUGGGCUGGGGUGUCUGGCCCAGGCUGCCGGCCCCAUCGGUGUCACAGACUAUCCCAUGAUGCUGUCUGUGUUUUCCAACAUGCUGACCAAAGAGUCAGACCUCAGGGUGAUUGACAAUCUGUGUGGAGCCCUCUGCAGGAUGAUCAGCACCAAUGUGGACGCUGUCCCUCUCGAGCAGGUUGUGCCCGCUUUGGUGGGUUGCCUUCCCCUCAAAGAGGACAUGGAGGAGAACAAGACCGUGUUCAACUGCCUGGCCAUGCUCUACACACACAGCCCUGCUCUGGUUUUGAAGCUGAUGAAGCCCAUAGUUGCUGCUUCCACUCAUGUUCUUGGCAACAACAAAGUCGAUCAAGAAACCCAGAUCACGUUGGCCCAGCUGAUAAAGGAAUUUGCUCAGCACCACUCUGCAGACUUCCAAGCAGCUGUGACCUCACUUCCUGUAGAGCAGCAGGCAACACUCAGUGCAGCCAUCUCUGCCUCAUAGCGCACACACAUCCUUCCACUCGUGUCAAAAGCCAGCAAAAAAAACAAACACUUUUACACUGUAGGUGGAACGUAGGGACAGAUAUUUGUGACUUCUCCAAAAAAUGAUUUGAAUAUAGCACUUCAACCAUUGUCGUUAGAAUUACAUUUGACAUUUACACCUAGCACGCAGGAUGUGUUGAAGUUUUAUUUCAAGAGUUACUGUUUACCCUCCCGUGUUGUUGCCAUUGUAAUUGGUUUCCCUGUUAUUACUGUAAAGUGCUUCUCCUAUAAAUGACUGUCCCCUUUCUGCCACUGUUUGGACUUCUGGCUUCUGCUAUCUGAGUGUGAAGCAUUGAUCUGCUGAUAAAUGUAAUUAUUUGUUCCAA